UGGCAAUGCCCAUGACUUGCUCUCCCCCUAGCGUAUGUCAGGUGUAAGGAUGGAAAUGAUGUGGAAAGUCCCGUACAUUGGAAAUCCCCUGUCGGGUUUUUACGCGAGUAAAGCACCACUAGCUUUGCCCUAGCAGAAGUUCGGUAAGCAUUGAAAUGAAAUAUGAAAUGAAAUACACUUACAAGUAAACACACUGAUGAGAUGCUGGCCGGUGUGUUACGGCGAAAACUUAAUGGCGCUGUGGAUUUAUGUUCUUAUAGGUUACACACUAAAAAAGAUAAAAAGCAGCAAUUUAAUGUAACGUGAAGCAUCUGUGAAAGAUUUCUGCAAAUAUUAAUCAGACGUAUUGUAAAGGGGCCACGUUUUGCACAUACAUUAACCCAGACGGUACCAUGUCCCAGGGCCACAGCUUUCUGCCCAAGUUCCUGUUUCUGAGCAACCUGCUGAAAGCGGUGAGGGUACAGGAGCGUGUGCCCAAUGACGUGGUCAAGCCCUCGGCCAGUGGUGGCGUGGUCCAUCACCUGCGCAGCAUGCACAGAUAUACGCUGGAGAUGAUCCGAAUCAACCACUUCCCGCAGGGCUUCCGUGAGGUCAUCCAGGCAGCCAUCCUGGACCGUGCCAUGCAGGUCUCCCUAGAGCAGGAGAAGAUGCUCAACUGGUGCCGGGAAGUCAAGAAGCUGGUGCCGCUGCGCACAACUGGUGAUGGAAACUGCCUGCUCCAUGCUGCCUCCCAGUACAUGCUGGGGGUUCAGGACACCGGUCUGGUUCUGCGCAAGGCACUGUACAGUGUACUGACGGAGACGGACACCUGCAAUUUCCGCAAGCGAUUUCAGACAGAGCUGCUGCAGUCACAAGAGUUUACGCAAACCGGGCUGCGCUACAACACAGUAAACUGGCAGGAGGAGUGGGAGAAGAUCGUAGAGAGGGCCUCUCCUGAAAUCAACCGCGGUGGCCUCCAGUAUGACUCAUUGGAGGAUAUUCACAUCUUUGUCCUGUCCAACAUCCUCCGCAGGCCUAUUGUUGUCAUUGCAGAUCAGGUGCUGAGGAGCAUGAAAUCAGGCUCCUCCUUUUCCCCUCUCAAUGUGGGAGGUGUUUAUCUGCCACUGCACUGGCCCCCGGGAGACUGCUACAGGUAUCCCAUAGUGCUCGGCUACGACUCCCAGCACUUUGCGCCCCUCAUCACCAUCAAAGACAGCGGCCCAGAAAUUCGAGCUGUACCGCUGGCCUACCCUGGAAAAGGUAUCUUUGAGGACCUCCGCGUCCACUUCCUGACGGAGAAGGAACAGCAGCAGAAAGCCAAGCUGAUCCAGGACUACCUGACUGUGAUUGAAAUCCCUGUGAAUGGUCUCAGUUAUGACACAACGCACAUCAUCAAUGCAGCAAGACUGGAUGAAGGGAACCUUCCAGAAGACAUGAACUUAAUGGAGGACUACCUGCAGCUGGUCAAUCAUGAAUUCAAGCUCUGGCAAAAAGAGAAGGAGCCGGCCUCAGAGGCCAGGCCUCAGGACUCCCCUCGCUUCUCUGUCUCCCAGCUGUCCCUUAUGGAGGCUCGCUGUGCCACCUCCAGGUGCCCGUUCUAUGCAUCGGUGGACAGACUUUGUACAACCACAAGCGACCAGGAGGAGCAAAACCACCAGCUUCUCCAUCACCAUAAGAUUUGCACAAAUUCUGUUUGAAAAGCAAAAGUCUUUGUGUCUUCCCUUGUCUCACAUUUAGACCAUGUUUCAGUGCAGCUUAAUUAAAUUCCGCCAUAGAAAUAUA